AUGUUUCCCAACCAAUUUGCUACACAAGAUCAAUAUCAGUCUGUCCAAACUGGAAUCCCGUCAGCAGGCAGACUUUCAGGAGAAGAAAGUUUCGCUCUGACGUCGACUCCCAACGAAAGUUACGAAUGGAACUCAAUUUCAAAAAACUGCGGACAGAAUGGACUUCCAAUGCCAAUUCUAGAUCAAUUCGAUGCGGUUCAUUCAUUCUCGCAUGGAAAGAACUACUCUGAAAAUUAUGGAAAUCACAACAUCCCACAGUCAGAGCACAUAAUGAACCAUCAACAAAUCAUGUCGAACUUCAUCCCGACUGAAAUGGACAUUUUCGAAACUCAAAAUGGAAGCACAAUGUUACCGUCGCAUUUCGAACAAGAAUUUCUCUCGGCUCUGAAUUAUUUGGAUGAUGAUGUUCAGGCUCAACAUCGCAAGUUCUGA